AUAACUCUAAUGUUGAUCUCGUGACUGGGAACAAGGAUUUCUUGUGGAGAAGAGCAUGGCAUGCUCAGACAUUGUUGCAGUUGUUUCACAAAACAUUGUUUUAAACACAACAUGAUUCUAACAGUGACUCGACAGUAGGAUUUCACUGAGCGACAUCAGUACAAAGCAGUACAGAAAACAUGGCUGGACUUAAAGACAUGGAUGAUACCUGCAAUGCCUACAGUCUCUACAACAGAUUUGUGGAAGUUUUGAUCGUAGUUGGCAUUGACGAAAACACUGGACUUGUUCCAGCAGACAAAGAUGCAGAACGAGAUAGUGAUAGCCUCCUCCUCAACCUGUUCUACCAGGACUAUGAGCACACGUCCUUGCUGCAGUUUCAUCAAGUAAAGCCACAUACUUCCAGCCAUACUUGAAAGAAGAUCCCCACUACCCUCCUGUCAGCUGUGGUUCUACAGGCAAUUCACUGGACAGUUCAGGAGAACAAUUCCUUAGUCUCCCUACACGUUCCAAAACUAUCCGUGAAGGACGCCGUCGUUACAGUCCAACCAUCAGCCGUAGUCCAUCCAGCAGUCCAUUACCACUUUUGAAGAAACACCUGAUUCGACGGACGCUUCCUGUCAAUUAUCGCUCUGUGACUAUGACCGAUCUCCCUUUAUCAGAAGAAGUUAUUCGUUCGAUUCCUACGUUCUGUUUUCCAGAAAAUGCCAAAGUGUACAGAAACAAACCUGAAAACUCUGUCCAUUACCUUGUCUUCACGGAUCUAUCCGGCAACAGGACUUACGCUACUUGUCUCACCUUCUACAAGCCAUAUGUCUUGCAGAAGGAAGAUUCAGAAAACCUGAACCUGAGUCUUGAGGUGAAGAAGACAAACCUGAGUAGCACGAAGACGCGAGCGUAUGUCCCACAGUGCUGCAUCCUCAUCUCCAAGUAUCCCUACUUCUACUCAAUGAAGGAAUGUCUCUCAUGUAUGGUUGAUAACAUAGAACGUGACAUAGAAGAAAUGUUCUUCUUUGUGAAGGAGUUCACCUACGUCCUCACACUGACCCCCGUUCCCCCACCUGGCAAUGUCUCUGUGAUCCUGACGCUCUCAGCCUUCCAGAUGCAGAUGAUCCUGUACCCCUCCGACUGGCCUGACACGCCAGUGAUCGACAUCCCCCUGCACCUAGUCUUCCUCUCGUUCUCUAUAGACAAUGUUCUCAAGAUCUUCACCAGCAUCCUCACUGAGGAGCGGAUUGUUUUCGUGUCCUCCAGCUAUGGCAAACUGGCAGUCAUCAUGGAGAGCUUCCUCAACUUUAUCCUGCCAUUCUCCUGGAGGUUCACAUACGUCCCGAUCCUUUCCAUGUCUUCCUUAGAGCUGUUGGAGGCUCCAGGUACCUUCAUGAUGGGAUGUCACAGCAAGCAUAUGGAGGUGGUAGAUCAGGUGGAGGGACUGGUUGUUGUCAACAUUGAUGACGACACAGUAAAGAUAAACCCAGAACCUUCAGACAAUGGAGGUGUAGAGAAGACAAUCCCUGAUGUACCAGUUGAGCCGGCACAGUUCUUCAGGAAAGUUGCCAAGGCUUUUCGCUACCAGACAGACCUUGAUGAUGUGCAGAGACCCUUCAUCUAUAAUCUGAAUGAAGAGAGGAAGUACAGGUCCAGGAAGAUACACCAGCUCAACAGGCAGAUAACUCUGGCCUUCCUUGAACUCAUGGUCAACCUUUUCAGGGGAGUGAUACGUGAACUCAAGGUGGAUUUAUGCAAGUUUAAUGUUGAAGCUUUCAAGGAAACUAUAGCAGAGACUGACAAACCCUUCUAUGAUAAGGUUCUCCAAACUGACAUGUUCAAAACCUUCCUCUCAGAGAGGCUUGCAGAGAAGCAGGAUUUUUGGUCAGAUUUUGGAAGCAAAGAACCGACCAUAUGUGAAAAAGGUUGGAGGCCUGUUAGACAGCUCUUCAAGUAUGCCUGCAAGGUAUAUAAGUCCACAUACACCACUUAA